AUGUCGAAGGAUUCUGGCAUCGAAAGCCUACUGUGCCUGAAAGAAAUAUACCCACCUUCAUUCCUUGUACCAAAUCUAACCCUAUCUCAGACUACCCGUGCUGCAUCCAAAUACCUAUUCUCCUCCCUCAGACCCUUCUCCCCAAAAUCGCCACUGGACCAACUCCUUGUCGACGGCUACGAUGCUGAGCAGAUUUGGCAUCAAAUUGAUCUCCAAUCACAACCGCUAUUGUCCACUCUUCGCCGCCGGUUGAAUCAGCUAGUCAAAAAUCCUGAAGAAAUUGCGCAGCUGAAGGUUCCUUUGGAUGCCUCUAACAAGGCAGAGGAGAAAUACGAGCGGGGAGAAGAAAGUGACGGUUUUGAUGAGUUAUUGGAUGAAGCUGAUGAAAACGAGGAUGAUUUUGGAGGAAUUGAAGGAGAAGAAGACGAGGAUGAUGAUGAAGAAGAGAAAGGUGAAGGUGGUGGGAUUGGAGAUAAAUUUCUGAAAAUAGAUGAAUUGAAUGAUUAUUUACAGAAAGAGGAAGAUAAUUACGAGAAGGGUGAGAAGGGAGAUCAAGACAGUGAAGAUGAUGAUGACCUUGAGAAGGCCGGUGAGUUUGAGAUUGAUGAGGAUGAGGAUGAUAAUGAUGAAGAAAAUGUAGAAGAUGUAGAAGCAGAAGCCUUAUAUGCAAGGUACGAUGACUUCUUUGGAGGUAAAAAAGAAAAGCGCUCAAAAAGAAAAUUACAAUUGCUUGAGAAAAGAAAAGAAAAGGGCUCAAAAAGAAAAGAACAAGUGCUUGAAAAAACUGAAGAUUUUGAUGUUGAAGAUGACAUGGAAUCUGACAAAGAGAAGAUAAGGACUGCUUCUUCCCAUGAAAAGCAGCUGGAAAAAAUCCAAUCAAAGAUAAAGCUGAUGGAGAAAGCUAACAUAGAGCCAAAAACUUGGACUAUGCUAGGGGAGGUAACUGCAUCAAAGAGACCCAUGAAUAGUGCUUUGGAAGUUGAUAUUGACUUUGAGCAUAAUGUGAGACCUGCUUUUGUCAUCACUGACGAGAUUAAUUCUUCAAUUGAGGAAAUGAUCAAGAAAAGGAUUAUUGAGGGGAGGUUUGAUGAUGUUAAAAGAACUCCUAAAUUGCCAUUGAAAGCGCAUCGGAAAGUUAAAGACUUGGAUGAUAAUAAAAGCAAGCAGGGUCUAGCAGAAAUUUAUGAGCAAGAAUAUGUUGAGAAGGCUUACCCCACUUCAGUUCCGUUGUCACACGAAGAUAAACGAAAAAAUAUGGCAAGCAUGUUGUUUAACAAGUUCUGUUUGAAAGCGGACGCCCUUUCCCAUUUCAACUUUGCUCCAAAACCUGUUAUAGAGGACAUGUCCUUUGAAAGAAAUGUACCUGCUCUGGCAAUGGAAGAAAUUGCUCCUGUGGCUGUUUCAAAUGCUGCUAUGCUGGCCCCUGAGGAGAUUUUUUAUGGUAAGGGUGAUGUUAAGGAAGAAUCAGAACUUACACGGAUAGAAAGGAAAAGGAGGAGAUCUAAUAAGAAAAGGAAAUUUAAAGCUGAGUCAACAAAAAGGUCGGAAAAGAAGUCAGACCUUGAAAAAUGA